AUGUUUAAGUUAUCUAAGAAAAAUACAAAAUCUAGUAUAGUGGAAGAAUCAAAAAGUACAGAUCCAAUAGAUAAAAUACAUGAGAUUGAUGUUAAAGAAGAAUUAGAGCAUACAACUGAUAUAGAAUCAGCUGCAUCUUCACUACCUCCAGAUAUAGAGGAAUUACCUAGAGUUGUCAGAGAAGUUGUUGAUUUUGAUGAUGAUGCAAAUACACCUUUAUUAACAUUCAGAUAUUUUUUACUUUCAAUCAUAUUUAUACCACCAGGAGCAUUCAUAGAUACAUUCACUUCAUUUCGUACUACAUCAGCUGCAUAUUCCAUAUUUUUCGUUCAAUUAGCUUCUCAUUGGCUUGGUAUGUGGUUAGCUAAAGUAUUACCGGAUAAGAAAAUUGGUUUUGGCAAAUUCAAGUUUAGUCUAAAUCCUGGUCCAUGGUCAAUUAAAGAAACUGUAUUGGUCACAAUAACAGCAAGUAGUGGUGCAACAGGAAGUUUAGCGACAAACUGUAUUGCUUUGGCUGAAGUUUACUAUGACACAACGAUUAGCCCAGCAGUUUGUAUAUUUUUCAUGUGGGCAAUCGUAUUUCUUGGUUAUAGUUACAGUGGUAUUUCACGAAACUUUUUAAUUAAUGAUCCACAAUUUAUUUGGCCCCAAGCAUUAAUGCAAACAACUUUAUUCCAAAAUCAGAAAAAGAGUCAUGGUUCAAUGCAAGUUUUUUUCGUCGUAUUAAUUGGUGUUUGCUUUUGGACUUUUUUACCCGAAUAUGUAUUUCCAAUGACAUCUUCAUUAGCUUUACUAUGUUGGUGUGCUCCAGAAAAUUAUACUGCAAAUUUUAUUGGUAGUGGUUUGGGUGGUAUGGGUUUUUUGAAUAUUAGUUUGGAUUGGUCUAAUAUUACUUCAUCAAUAAUGUUGUCGCCUUAUUGGGUGCAUGUUGUUCAAUUCUUAGCUUUUAUUUUAGGUGCUUGGAUUUUGAUUCCAGCAACUAAAUGGGGUAAUUUAGGUAACUUUCAGUAUGGAUUAAUGUCAAACAAUUUAUUUAUGUCAAAUGGUACAAAAUAUCCAACAACUGCUUUAUUAACGCCAGAUCAUCAGCUAAACAUGACAGCCUAUAAACAAUUAGGUCCCGUUCAUUUAGGAACGCAAAGAGCUUGGAAUAUUUUUUUUGAUUAUGCUGCUUUUGUUUCAGGUUUUGUUUGGGCAGUGUUGUUUGGGUACAAAAGCUUGAAAGAAUCAGUUAUAAAAUUUUAUGCUGCUAAACUCAAGUCUAAAUCAAACACCAGCUCCCAAUAUACCGACAGAUUGAACAAAAUACAAUCAAAAUACGCAGACGUUCCGUUAUGGUGGUUUUUGAUAUUGUUUAUUUGUACAUUUAUAAUUUUGAUUGUUACGCUGACAACCAAUGCUUUACCAAUACCAUGGUGGACUGUAUUUGUUGCAAUGGCUAUAGGUGCUGUUAUUGUAACUCCACUAUCUUGGUUGUACGCUAUUUCAAAUUUUCAAUUAGCUGUCGGUACUUUCAAUGAAGUAAUUUACGGUUACAUGAUUGAACAUAUGAAAUACAAAGUCCCCUAUAGUGUAAUGAUUUAUUCAAGCAUCUCCGGUGAUGCUUUUUAUAGGGCACAAUAUGAGAGCCAAAGUUUAAAGAUAGGUCAUUAUAAUCAUAUUCCACCAAGGGUCACAUUCUUUUGUCAAAUAUUUGGUGAGAUUGUAGGAGUCCCUAUCAACUAUGCUGCCUUGAAAUGGGUUUUGAAAACCAAGAAAGAUUAUCUUAAUGGAACAAAAGUUGAUAAGCUACAUCAAUGGACAGGUCAAACGUUACUUUCAUAUCAUUCCAAUGUUGUUCAAUAUGUUACAUUAGGCCCUUCAAGGUUAUUUGAAAACUACAGAGUGCUACCCUACGGUUUUUUGGUUGGUUUAAUUGCUCCAAUAAUAUUUUAUUCGCUACAUAGAUUAUUUCCAAAUUCAAAGUUAAAAUUUAGAUUACGGAAUACUACAAUAUUCUUUUCAACAAUGUCAACAUUCUAUGGUAAUAUUUCGACAGGUUAUUUCUCACAGUUCGUGGGUGCAACUGUGACCAUGUUUUAUUUUUAUAGAUAUCGUCAUAAUAUUUGGAAAAAGUAUAAUUAUUUACUAGGGGCUGCAUUUGAUACCGGCUUUAAUUUAUCAAUUUUGUUGAUUUUCAUUAUAUUUUCAGCUGGUAAAACUAUAGAUAUGCCAAACUGGUGGGGUAAUAAUGAUAAAAGUGUAGAAAGAUGUUUUGCGUUGGUAGAAGCAGAUUAA